AUGGUCCCCAAGAGACACCAGGGACUGGCGCCCAUGCGGGAAUACAGAGCCCUGAUCGUGUCACCGUGCCUGACCGCUAUCCCAUCGCCCAUCUCCAGGAUGUUACAUCCAAUCUUGCAGGAUGUUCAGUCUUCAGCAAGAUCGACUUGGUACGUGCGUACCACCAGAUACCUUUCGAACCUUCAGAUGUGCACAAACCGCAAUCAUUACCCCUUUCGCUCUCUACGAGUUCGUCGCAUGCCGUUUGGAUUGCAAAACGCUGCCCAGACCUUCCAGCGUUUCAUGGACAAGGUCGUCCGCGGACCUUCAUUCGUGUACGUUUACAUGGAUGACAUACUCGUUGCCAGCAAGUUGUCAGAGCAGCAUGAGGAACAUCUCCGUCUGCUCUUCAACCGUUACAGCGCUACGGAGUUGUGA